AUGGGCCCUUAUGGAGAGGUGAGUAAUGCCGCCACCACCACCUCGGUGGUCCAUCCCACCAUGACCAUGCCUUUGUUCGCGCGAUUCCCCUUCUCCAUCCCCCUGCAAACCCUAAACCCUACUAAACCAAAUGCUCGUCUUCGUUCCCCAUGGCCCGUCUUCCUCCUCAUCCAGAUCGGCUCCAUCUCCAGCCUCAAGGUAGCCUGGCGCAAGGACCGCCUCCUCGACUCCGCCAUCGAGCGCGACAAGCGGUGGCACCUCUGCGCCCACGUCGUCCGCGAGGUCCUCAACGAGCCCGGCCACGCCAUCCCGCUCCGCUACCUCGAGAAGCGCCGCGAACGCCUCCACCUCCCCGUCAAGGUGAAGACCUUCCUCUCCCGCUACCCCAACCUCUUCGACCUCUACCCCGACCGCAUCAAGCCCAAGACCGAGCCCGUCCCCUUCCUCCGCCCUUCCCCCCGCCUCCGCUCCUUCCUCGCCCUCGAAGCCUCCCUCCGCACCCGCCAGGAGCCCCUCGUCCUCGCCAAGCUCUGCAAGCUCCUCAUGAUGUCCAGGGACAGGGUCAUCCCCGCCGAGAAGCUCCUCAACGUCAAGCGCGACUUCGGCUUCCCCGACGACCUCCUCACCUCCCUCGUCCCCAAAUACCCCCACCUCCUCCGCCUCAUCCUCAGUUAA